UUGCCGUGGGAAUACCUGCCGGUGGGCGGGUUGUACACUUUUAUUUAACUUGGAAGUUUUUAGGUUGGGGUGGAGAGGGAGGACAAACUCAGUUUAAUGUCGCUUUGUGUAAAUUACUUCAGUUUUGACGCUCUCGUUUUUACCUGCUGUGGACUCGUACCGUGUUGUGAUGGCUAGCAGGCUAGCUGCUGCUGCUGCUGCAAAGAAGAAGAAGAAGGAGAAGCAGCAGGCGAUAAUUAGCUAGCAAAGCGGCUCGACAGUUCGCCAUCUCCCCUCCACAGAUAGGCCUCUUAAAAGGGAUAACACUUUGGCGGUCACGGUGAGGAUGAAAAUCUGAUGGGGUUUUUUUUGUUUUUUUUACCCCAGUGGAUUACUCAUCAUCAUGCCCUUUGAAAUCGUGGAGUGAUUUUCUUGAUAACAUCAUGCACGCCGUCAAAUCAGAUCUCGACCGCUGCUGCAGAGAUUUUGUGUCUUUCUUACAUUUGGAUUUAUCUGGCAGCUUUUAAGAAGAAGACAAAAAAGACCAGCAGAAGACGCGACUUGGAUGUGCAGUCUUAUCUCUCUCUCCCUUUUUUUAUUACCAGUGUGCUUUCAGUGAAACAUUAGCUAUGUGUUUAUGCGGGUUGGAUAUGCUCAGAUACUUAUAAACACACACUUAGCGUGAAUUCGUGCGAAGGAAGCCCCCCCUCCCACAAAAAAAGAAGGAAGUCCAGGGCGGGAUAGGUGCACAGAAACUACCCCAUACCCAAAGAAACAUGGCUUCGGUGUGGAAGAGACUGCAACGUGUGGGGAAGCAUGCCUCCAAAUUUCAAUUCGUGGCUUCCUAUCAGGAACUGAUGGUGGAAUGCACUAAGAAAUGGCAACCAGACAAACUGGUGGUGGUUUGGACGCGCCGGAGUCGACGGAAAUCCUCCAAGGCCCACAGCUGGCAGCCAGGCAUCAAAAACCCCUACAGAGGAGUGGUGGUGUGGCCCGUACCUGAGAACAUUGAAAUAACAGUCACUCUUUUUAAGGAUCCUCAUGCAGAGGAGUUUGAAGACAAAGAGUGGACGUUUGUCAUUGAAAAUGAGUCUCCAUCAGGGCGAAGGAAGGCUUUGGCCACCAGCAGUAUAAACAUGAAACAGUACGCCAGUCCCAUGCCCACACAGACGGACGUCAAACUCAAGUUCAAGCCCCUGUCGAAGAAGGUGGUGUCGGCCACGCUGCAGUUCUCCCUCUCCUGCAUCUUUCUGCGCGAGGGGAAGGCCACUGAUGAGGACAUGCAGAGUCUUGCCAGCCUGAUGAGCAUGAAGCAGGCAGACAUUGGCAACCUGGACGACUUCGAGGAGGAGAAUGAGGAAGACGAGGAGAACAGGGUUAACCAGGAGGAGAAGGCGGCCAAGAUCACAGAGCUGAUCAACAAGUUGAACUUCCUGGAAGACCAGGACCCGGACACACCUCCUGCCAUGGGCAGCAAUCCCUUUGACGAGCCUGACGAUCACCUUCACGACCCAAACGACCUCAACCCAUUCGGUGAUCCUGAUGAAGAAGAACCUCCUGACCAGCCGGUCUUACGGCAGCGCGUAGAAGAGGACCCCUUCUACGACCAUGACUCUUCAAAUCCAUUCGAUGAACCGGAUGAACAAGAGACGCUCACGUCCCUGGGGAACCCCUUUGAUGAGCCGGACCAUGACACGGAACCUCGGCCGGAGCCAGAACCCCCCAAACCCAGGCAGAGGGUAGGGGUGCGGCCUGUUGACAUGAGCAAGUACUUGUACGCCGACACCACCCACAACGAGGAGGAGGAGCUUGAUGAAUCCAACCCGUUCUAUGAGCCAAGGACAUCGAGCCCCACACAGAACCCCGCUGGCGUCCCCUCCCUGGAUGUGGGCAGCAGCCAAAAGAGGAGGGCUCCCCCACCCCCAAGUUCCAGCCCUGGCCUCGGCCCCAGUCCGCCAGCUCCCAAACCCAGCUCUGGCCUAGACAGGGAGAGAUCCCAGCCAGCCGGGCCCAGCCCAGUGGCAGCAGUGAUUGGGAGAGAGCUGGCCUCCUCUUCCCCCAAGCCCAGCCCCGUCCCGAGCCCAGUUCUGGGAGGGAAGCCCAACGCAAGCCAGUCUCUUCUGGCCUGGUGCCGCGAGGUCACCAAGAACUACCGCGGGGUGAAGAUCACCAACUUCACCACCUCCUGGAGGAAUGGGCUGGCCUUCUGCGCCCUGCUGCACCACUUCAGACCCGACAACAUAGACUACAAGUCGCUCAAUCCUCAGGAUAUUAAAGAAAACAACAAAAAGGCUUACGAUGGGUUCGCGAGCCUGGGCAUCUCCCGUCUCCUGGAACCAUCCGACAUGGUGCUGCUGGCCAUUCCCGACAAGCUCACAGUCAUGACCUACCUGUACCAAAUCCGGGCCCACUUCUCCGGCGAGGAGCUCAACGUGGUGCAGAUUGAGGCCAACAGCAGUCGCAGCACCUACAAAGUGGGCGACUUUGAAACCGAUACGAACGCCUCCAUAGGCCAGGACAAGUUCUACGCUGAACUCAACGACGUGCAGCCCCGCCAGGCUUCGUCUUCGCCUGCUUCAUCCACUGCUGACAUUAACGCCGAAUCUAACGGCACUAAAGGCGCUGAGGAAGAGGUGACGGAGCCGGGUUGGAAGGCCGAAGUAGGAGCGGUUACGGCCAGCUUGCCAGCAGCAGCGCCUUUGCACUCCUCACUUCCUGUCCCAUCACCACGCACUGCAUUGGGAACCACCUCAAAAGACUCAACCCAAAUGACGCAGUCAGGCUCUGAGGACCGGGGCAAUCUGUUCAAAGCUAACACUUUAGACCUCAGCGAUUUACCGCAGAGGGUAGAUAGAGAGAUGGAGAAGGAAAGGCAGCAGAACGAUGAGAUGGGAGAGCAAAGAAGAGAUGGUGGUAUGGAGCCAGGGUCCCCCACCAGGAGAGGAGGAGUCCCUAUUUCCUCUUCUCCAUCGCACCAGAAACUGGGCUUCUCCUAUAAUAGGGACGCCGACCUCAUCAAGAAGAAGAGGGCCAGCCUGCGUCACUCGGAAUCUGAGCCUGCCUCUGACUCCAGCUCCCCUCCAGUCAACCACACAGAUAUGCCCCCUAAACAGGAGCCAACACCUGCCCCUGUAUCGAGUCCCCCAGCUGAGAAGAAGGUGCUGUCUCGUCAGGAGGAGCUGAAGGAGAGAGCCAGACUCCUCCUGGAGCAGGCCCGCAGAGACGCUGCAAUGAAGGCCGGCAACAAGAACGUCCCCAACUCAGCCGUCACUGCACUAAACAGGGCCACAAAUGUCAGCGACGAGCGGGAUGCAGAGCGACGAAGACAGCUGAGAGAAAGAGCCAGGCAGUUGAUAGCCGAGGCUCGAUCCGGAGUCAAGAUGUCUGACAUGAGCCUUCUGGACGCAUCUAGCAUUGACAGAGUCAAGGGCGGCAAGGCUAGCCCUGCUGGAGGAACAAACAGUAAGCAUGUUGACCUGAAGCUGAAGAAGCUGGCAGAGGUCAGGCCAGGGGGAGUCACCUCCCCUUCAUCCCCGUCCUCCACCUCCUCCUCAUCCUCGCCUACUGCCUCUUCCACCUCCCCACUCAGCCCUGCCGAUGGACUGGAGAAUAAUGCUGAGGAGUUACGAGCAGAGCGGCUGCGCAGAGCGACAGAGAGGUUGCGUAGCCCGGUAGUCUUCAACAAGGACUCAGCUGUCAGGAAAACACAGCUGAAGUCCUUCAGCCAGUAUGUGGAGAGCAGACCAGAGGUGAAAAGACAGAAGUCUAUUCCUGAGGAUCUGAAGAGGGCCGAGGAGGAUAGAGGUUCACCGACGGAGAUCGACAUCCGCAGACCAUUUGAAGAAGAGAAGGCGUUCAAAGACACCAGUCAGUAUGUGGUUGGGGAGCUGUCUGCGCUGGAGAGCGAGCAGAGGCACAUAGACGCCCGAGCAGCUCGCGUGGAGAAGAGGCUGCGCUAUCUCAUGGACACAGGCAACAACAAGGAGGAGGAGGAGGCCAUGAUGCAGGAGUGGUUCAUGUUGGUCAACAAGAAGAACGCACUCAUCAGACGACAGAAUCAGCUCUCUCUGCUGGAGAAAGAGCACGAUCUGGAGAGACGCUUCGAACUGCUGAACAGAGAGCUGAGAGCCAUGCUGGCCAUCGAGGACUGGCAGAAGACGGAGGCCCAGAAGAGACGAGAGCAGCUGCUGCUGGAUGAGCUGGUCAUACUGGUCAACAAACGAGACGCGCUGGUCAGGGACCUGGACGCCCAGGAGAAACAGGCCGAGGAGGAGGACGAGCACCUGGAGAGAACGCUGGAGCAGAACAAAGGCAAGAUGGCCAAGAAAGAGGAGAAGUGUGUCCUUCAAUGAUUGUCAUUUCAGAAAAAAAACACAACCAACAAAUGUAGCCGAUAAAAGAAAUGUAUCGUUAUGAUUAUUGAUAUAUUAUUAUAAUUAUUAUUUGAUAGUGGCUUUCCUAGACAUUUCCUGGCCUGGUUGUUGUUUUGGUGAAACUAACAGCAGAGACUCGGCUGGAUUAAAGAGGCCCUGCGAUGCUUUUGCACCAACUUUAUACUGACUCGAACUGUCCCACUUAUAUACGAUAUUUUUUAUGUUAAUUUGCUUUAAGAUCGGUACUUGUAUGUGAUAUGAAUAUGUAUGAGACUAAAAGCAGUGCAAACCCCUGUCGGACAGAUGGGAUAUUUGUAUGUAACGAUGCAGCAGCACAUCCUCCUCUGUCUGAAUGUGGAGACCAGUCGGAUUGAGGUACAGCACAACUGGGUUUAAUGGGGGAUUUUUUUCCCCCUUCCUCUUCUUCUUUUCAUGAGGUUGAGAAGACGAGUCGGACUUUUACAAACAAACACACACAAAAAAGAGUCGUUAUAAUAUCAGUCUUUUCAAAGCUACUUCAUUACUUGACUGUGUAUCUUUUAAUUAUUUCACUUUAAAGUUUUUACUUGUAAAAUAUCUUAAAAAAGGAGGGGGGAGGGAGAGGGGGGGUUCACACCGUUCAUAAACCUUGCAUAAAUCUUAACUUUUCCUAUUGCUUUUUUUAUUGUCUUGGCUUGAAAGCAGUUUACCAAAAGAAAGAUCAUGUUUUAAAAAAAUAAUAAUAAUAAUCUCAUGUUGUAUAUUUUCAUCACUGCUCUGACCAAUAGCUUCCAAAAUCCUCUUUUUUUUUCAGGAUUCAUGCAGUCGAAAGUAAAAAAUAUAUAUAUUAUUUAUUACCGUUUGUCCUAUAAGCUGCUUGUAAGUGAAACUACCAUCACAUUUCAUUUCAUGUGCUUUUUUUUUUUUUGCUCAACAAACUUUUUUUUUAUUUCUAUUUAUUGUAUUCUGAAGAGGAGAAAAUAUGCUUCAAAACACAAACACAAACACACACACAUGCAUCUCUUAAAGCUCCACAUCUGGUGCAGUUGUCCUUUUUAAGUGUGAACAUUUAUCUGUUUAUUUAUUCCAGUGUCAUAACCCAAGAAGUCUUCAAUAAAGUCCUUUAUGAUUUCAUACUCCACAAAGCAGCGUGUGACUUUUUCUUUUUUUCUU